GGUCCAGCAGCCCCCCCACAUGAAAGAGGAAGAGGAGGAACUGUGGAUCCCUCAGGAGGAGGCUGAUCUCAGCAAGUUUCCCCUGACUGUUGUCUCUGUGAAGACUGAAGAGCAUGAAGACAAACCACCUGAGUCCUCACAGCUUCAUCACAGUCCAAGCGUCUGUGAAGAACAUCUUCUACUAGGGCAAAAGGAGUGGAGUUUAACAAUAGAGCAGGCGGACCCAAAAGAAGGGAAGGAGGAGGCGCCAGAGCCCCCCCACUUUAAAGAGGAAAAGAAAGAACACAGCAUCAGUCAGGAGGGAGAGAAGCUUGACUGGUUGGAGGAGUUCCCAGUGAUUAGUGUCUUUGUGAAGGGUGAAGAUGAUGAGGUCAAAGGUGAAAGUGAGGAGAAGAGAGAGGCGGAGCCUCCAAGCAGCAGCUCAACACAACACAUGACAACAGAAGCUGAUGGAGACCACUGUGGAGGAUCACAAGCAGACAAGCUCUUAGCUCCACUAUCAGAUGGUGAGGACACAACGUCACACUCUCCUGACACUGAUGAUGAAGACUCUAAAGAAGAUAAGACAUGUCACACUGACAACAAACGCUUUCAAUGUUCUCACUGUGACAAAACUUUUAAUGACCGUAGUAAUUUUAGAAGACACAUUAGAAGUCACACUGGAGAAAAAAAAAUGUCUUGUUCAAUAUGUGGUAAAGGUUUUGGACAAAGUCACAACUUGAAGUUACACAUGAGUGUACACACUGGAGAAAAACCUUUUUCCUGCUCAGAAUGUGGUAAAAGUUUUGCACGAAAAGGUAGGUUGAAUCAGCACAUGCGAAUCCACACGGAAGAAGAACAUUGUACCUGUUCAAUAUGUGGUAAAGGUUUUAGACGAAGUCCAUCUUUGAAAAGACACAUAAUAUCACACACUGGUAAAAACCGUUUUACCUGUUCAGUCUGCGGUAAAGGUUUUGUACAAAGUCAAAAUUUGAAAAUACACAUAAGAACGCACACCGGAGAAAAACCUUUUAUCUGUUCAAUCUGCGGUAAAGGCUGUGUAACAAGUCAGCAUUUGAAAUUACACGUAAGAACGCACACUGGUGAAAAACCAUAUUCCUGUUUGUUCUGCAACAAAAGCUUUUGUGAUCGAUCAUACCUUCUAGUACACUUGAGAAUACACACAGGAGAGAAAGUGUUGAGUUGCAGUGUGUGUGGUGAAAGAUUCUCUUAUAAGUACCAGUGUGAGAAACACAGGUGUGCUGGUGAGAACAGCAGCAGCAAAUGAAACUGCAGGGUUUGAAAUAAACUUAAAACUUGUUAACUUUGACUUUCUAACAUCAGCACAUAUAACAUGUGUGACAUCCAUUGGCGUUGUUAGGCCUAUUUUAGGGGGCUCAAGCCCCUCUAAAAUAUUCUUAAGCCCCCCUAAAUAAUUUGGUGUUAUAUAUAUAUAUAUAUAAAUGAUAUAUAUAUAUAUUUUUUUACAAAUACAUGCCGACAUAUUCAUUAUAAAGAGGCCCGAAUAUGAGUUUAAAUAAAUAAUCAUAGAACCUGUCAUUAUUCACUCAGUUUCGCCUCACUUCAUAGCAUAUCUUUAGUGUGUCGGUAUCCAAUCCAUUCAACUUGUUCAUAUAGAAAAUGCCCACAUCACUCAAAAUCCAGUCCGCAUUUUCUCCGCGACCUUGCUUGCGGUCCUUGGACUUGUUCAUAUAGAAAAUGCCCACAUCACUCAAAAUCCAGUCCGCAUUUUCUAUGCGACCUUGCUUGCGGUCCUUGGACUUGUUCAUAUAGAAAAUGCCCACAUCACUCAAAAUCCAGUCCGCAUUUUCUCCGCGACCUUGCUUGCGGUCCUGCAGGUGUACGAAGCACAUUAGCACACAGCACUGCAGAACAAGAACGUGAACGGAUGCAAAAUGGACAUAAGAAACGUUUUCAAGAAAGUAAGUAUUCAUCACUGCUUGUAGUAAAAUGUAUUAGCUCCACUUUACACCAGGUCUGUGUUUGACAAAAAGUUGACAU